UUUUCACGCGUCCAUGUGCGCGAAAGAGAUGGCAUUACACAACGAGCGAGAACAUGCACACCUCGGUUGCGAUGGGCGUAAAUUGUCACCAACACAACGAAAGGCAUAUGGACAAAGGAGGACGAACAGUAGGCAAGUAAAGGAUGGGUAGAGAAGGUGAGCGAGAUGCAGCGAGUUUUGAACGUCAAAACCCUUCGCCAUGUUGUACGGGGGCAUCAGCGCAACACAACACACAACAGCAACAACAAAACUUCCCGAAAUUCGAUCUCGUUCUGCCACCAACAAGCAGCAGCAGCAGCAAAUGUUGUCAAUCGAGAGCAAAGUGCAUGAAGAGCAAUAGAGUGUGUGGGAUCAAAAUAUACUUUUACAACGCAUACAACAACGGUGCCGUACCAACGCGGUGACCCGAACGCGAUCACUUUUUCUGCGUGAGGCUGUGUGGGCUGGUGUGGCUGUGGUUCCGUUUAUUCUGGCCGAGCAACAGGUUAGGCAGCAGCAGCAGGCGCAUUGAGGCAAACCCCCCUUUUCUGUGAAGCGAAAAGGGAGAAGAAAAAAAGAACGAUCGCGCAGCUGAACGGGGUUGGAAAGAAAGUACGCGAUUUCCGCGACCAAUUUGUGAUGCAAGUGUCGUGCCAGUGGGUAACAAUGCAAUAGGCAGUGGGGUGCUAAUUUCGAACUAACGUGUUCGUGUUCUUCGAUUCCGUCCACCCAAAAGGAUCGUGAGCCUCCCACAGAAAGCGUUCUGAUCGUACGACGGGCAUAACGCGUAGAAGAUCACCUCUCCAGAUCGAUUUUGCGGAUGUUCUUGGGAAUAGAGCGUGAUCCUGGGAAGAAUGUUUUUCCUUAGCUAAAUCGCGAUCGGAGAAAAAGGAAACAAAUAAGUCUGGUUAACUUGAGUCAAUUUGCAAUCUUAAGGCAGAGGAAAAUCCCUUCCGUUGAACAUUAGCGUAAAGCGAAGAAGGCUCCACCGAAAAGAAAGGAGAAGAACCAAGGAAGCAGAAGAACGAAACAGAGACAACCCUCCCUCCAGUAACAGACCCCCCCCCCUUCUUCCCCGCCCAACCGUGCGUCUCCCGGACGUCUUGUCCAAAUCGUCUUCCAACUUCUCAUCCGCCUGCUUUCUUCGCCUUCGCGUGGAGUCGUGCUGGUGGCGGACGUGUAAAAGCGAAACAGAGCUGCUCCGCGUAGUGUGAUCCAGCUGCCGUCGAACAAAGCGAGAGCAAGAAGGAGAAAGAAGGAGAAAGAUCGCCCCGGAAAAAAAACGAAGAAGACGCAAGGGGCAAACUCGCAUCGCGCUCACUGUGACUUGAAAGCGAGAGCGAGAGAGAGAGAGAGAGAGAGAGAGAGAGAGAGGGUAGAGAACGAUGAGAUGCUGAAAUGGUGUUGUGAAUGCUACUACACUAACAUUGGUGAAUUGUGAUUUAUUUCCAUCGGAGUGCAACAAAUUCGUUCUGUGUUAAGAUUUACGGGAACAAAGUGCCAAAAAAGGGACCAAAAGCGCCAACCACAGCCAGGAAGCAAACGGCGUGAAAGCAAAGGCUGUUCGCGUUUUGACAGUUCACAGCUCUCUCGCGACGGGCUCCAACUCACCGCGUGAGACGUGAGUGGCUUGGGGGGCUUACUCACCACUCACUCACCACUCAGCGAGCCGUCGCGAUCGUCACUUUUCGCGUAUGUUUUGUUGAUUUGGGGGUCAGAAAAAACAGACAGAAGUUCCAAAGCGAAAAGGCGGACGCAUCCCCGUCAGUCCGUGUGAUCAUUUUCCGUGCCCGUGAAUUCAACCACAACGUGAUCAUUUGAUCGGUGCGCUUGGAGCAGGGACUCCCCUCGUCGUUGUUUGGUUUACUUCCCUCCUUUUUCUUUCUUUCACCAACCGGGAGGGAUCGCGAUCCCACAAACGCUGUCACGCUGAAAAAGUUAGUGCAAACCCGUCUUAAGAUGAUCCGUGAUCCUGGCGGUACAAGCCCGAACGAGAAUCAAGAUUCUCCCCCUUCGCCCAAGUAUGAUCGGAUACUGGGGCGGCCGCCACCCCCGGACGAUAUGGAAAUUCCGCUGGACAUGACCGUUCGGCGCAAGGACUCGUCCGAUGGGCAGGGAUCGCCGACGGGCGCGGAUCAGUCGCGGGACGAACCGAUCAAUCUAAACGUGCGCCCGAGCGUCAUUACGAAGGCACCGCCACCACCGAUAAAGAAGCGCAUUAGUCACAUACACACCAACGGUGAGAUUGUGCUUAAAAGUAGCGUGAGGACAACGACCGCCACCACCGUCGAAUCGGCCCCGAUCGUGAACGUUUCCUCCACGUACUGUGAUGUGUCGAUCGAGGAACACUUCCGCCGUUCGCUCGGCCCAACGUACAGCUCGAUCUACGGCGACAAGCAUCAGCAGCAGCAGCAGCAGCAGCCAUCGUCUUUGAAUGUGUUGAACAACAACAUCAGCACGGGUGGGGCGGGACCGCCAUCGUUUGUCCCCGAUUCGCCGGUGCAUCACGUGCCACCGCAGAAGGUGCAUCCACUGCCGCUUCCGCUGCUGUUGCAAAAACACAGCAUGGAAACGGGCGAUUCGUUACCACUGACUGUCACCGGUCCCCCUGGUGGUGGUGGUGGGAUGCGAAACCACAGCAGCAGCAGCAUCAGCUCCAGCUCGUCCGUCAGCUCGAACAGCAGCAUAUCGAGCAGCUUGAGCAAUACCAGCGGCAUCAGCAGCGGCGGCAGCAGCAGCAACAACAAUAACAACAACAACAACAACAAUAACAACAACGCCAACCACAUCAGUAUCAGACCGCCGCUCGGUGCGGGGAUACGUGUGGUGGCGCCCGAAACGAUCGAGCUGAAGCUGUCGAGCGAUCCGGCCCUGCCGGUACCGCUCGUGCCGGCCACCGUCAUGCCACCGUCGCCCGGUGCUCCCUCGUCGGCGGCCAGCGUAGCGGCCAUCUCGCUAACCUCACCGAAACACUUGCACCAGCAGCAGCCCCCGCCGGCCAUCUCGCCGGCCUCGCUCACCACCACGAUGUCGCUGUCAUCCUCCUCGCCGGCCUCAUCGCUGGCAUCAUCACCUGCGCCGUUCCAUGCAACGCUGCAGCAGCAGCAGCAGCAGCAGCACCAACAAAAGAGGCCCGACUCUGGCGAAGAGGUCGACGAUCAUUUCGCGAAAGCGCUCGGCGAAACGUGGAAGAAGAUCCAGGAAAGCAAUAUGAAUUUGUGAGCAGACGGCGGCGGUACGCCGUAGGAAGCUGCGGGAGACAAAGCUCUCGACCGCACUGAAUUUGUUUGUUAAUGCGAAAGCUGUGAAAGAGGGGUCACCUGUCUGUCUGUCUGCCGGACCCGGCCCGACCUGGCCAUUUGAGGCCAUCUCUCGUACAUUUGUUUCCUUUUUUCCCCGCACAUAUUAUUUUUGGUAUCGUGUAGUUCUCGCCCGGUGUUUUGUUUUAGCAACUAAUGUUAAGUUCCUUUCUUGCAAAAACGGCGAGAAAAAUCGUUUUAAUUUGUGAUCGAUCGUUUCGGCAGCCAGAUGGCUUAUUUGGGGUGCUGUUUUUGCGAGCGCUACAUGUGUUGAUGGGCCCUCCCCGGUGGGAACGGGAAAGACGUUUUUAAAAGCGCUAAACCCAUCCAUCUUUCCCUCCCCUGUUUUGUUCAACUCAACUGGGCAUCGUGCCAGCAAAAGCAAAAGAUCAGCAUGGAAAUAGGGAAAUAAGGAGUAAGAUAGAGUUGGGCAGAAGAGGAAUAAGUUCGGAUAAUCGGCCGCUUCCGUGCUGCAUAUUUAAUAGUUUGACUAUUUUCUUCACCAUUUCCCCGUUUUUUUUACAUUUACCCUGCUGAGGGUAAUUUGCAGCACACAAAACACACACCCAUACUCAUACACGCACAUGCAUACACAUUUCAUUGACUUGUUUAAAACGAGUGCAUUUACUAAUUCCUUGUUGUUUUGUUUUUUUUUUUUAAUUAAACGUAUUAUUUGAACGGAGGGAACAGAUCCACAUCGGCGGUGUGGCGUCCUUACUUUACUGUUAUUAUAAUAUUAUAACUAAAUCAAGUUUAAAAACAAUCAAACAUAAAGGGGGAGAAAUAGUUCAGUUCAGAGCGUAAAGGUAGUAAGGUGUGAAAUAUUACAAAACACAGAGUCCCCUUAUGUGAGGCUAUGGGAGUUUUGUAAAAGAAAUGUAUCGCCAUGAAGCGUAUUGUUUUGCGUAUUAGUGCUCUUGCUCCAAAUAGUGGGGAAAGGUAAAUCUGUAAUCAAAUGUACUGCAUCUUCCACUAACGCGUGUGCUGUUGUAACCCUUCUAAGCAAACCUGCAUCUUUGUUGUGGCUUCGCCCGACGUUGGCUGAAGAAAGUGA